CAAUUUAAUAAACUGGAGCGAGUUGGCGAGGUGUUACUACUCAAUUUGAUUAGCCCAGCCCAACAAUACCUGCCCCAUGGCCGUACGGGAUAUGGUCUAGGUUUCUCAUCAAUCAUCUCUAUUCGUCUGCCAUGGUGGCUGUUUGGUUCAGCUUCUCCCGGCCGCCAGAAGCUGAAGCUCCUCCCAAACGCGCCGCUUCUGCUCCCGCUUCUCUCCGGCGCGCUUGGCUGAGAAGCCAGCCGACUACGCGAAGACAGAAGCGCCCCUGAGGUCGCUUCCGCGCAAAGCCGCAUCAGUUGGGUAGGGUUCGCACCCGCGCCGCUCCUCAACUCUCUCGUCCCCAUCGCUACUCCCAUCGCCGCCGCAGGUGUCCUCCAUCGCAUCUCCCUCCGCCGCGCGGGUCCUCUUCGCAGCGCUAGGGUUUCACCGCGGACCCGCAAAUCCUUCGUGACCUCCCUCUGCUGUCGUCAACCAGUGGACUCGUCCCCCCCUUUCCUAUCUCGGCGACGACGCAGAUUUCCCCAGCAACUCGGAUUAUUCGUCUGAGGAUCCAAGAGCCACUUGAACCAAGAUGGACAAGUCCGGCAAAGUGAUUGCUAAGUGGGAUAGUAGAGCAACCAAAAUUUUCACAGAAAUUUGUGUAGAAGAGGUCAAUGCUCGCAACAGGCCACAACAAUUCUUAAAUGCAGAAGGGUAUGCUAACCUGAUAAGGAAGUUUAAGGAACGCACUGGUCGCACUUACACCAGGGAUCAAAUGAAGAAUAGGUGGGAUUCGUUGAAGAGAAUGUUCACCCAGUGGAAAACUCUUAAUGAAAGGGCUACAGGUCUUGGUCGAGACCCUCAUACUGGUUCAAUCAGUGCGCCAGAUGAGUGGUGGGCGAAGCAAAAUGAAGCAAUGCCAGGUUGUAUUAUGUUCAAAACAGGCCCCCUAGAGAAUGAGGACGAGCUAAAGGUUAUGUUUGGACCCAUUGUCUGCACAAAUGAAAGAACCCUGGUUCCUGGCGUGGAGGACGCUAAUUCAUCAUCUGAUGAUCAUUUGGACCACACUUUUGGUGGGGGUGAAAACAGCACACCUGACCCCUGCACAAAUACAACUGGUAAGCGUAAGAUGCGCCAUGAUUCCCCUAAACCAAAGAAGAAAAAAGAUUCGAGGGAAGAGUACAUGAAAAGACUUGUGGAGGCUUUUGAGUCCCGCUCAAUGACCACGAACAAGUCCAUUACCUCUUCUGAGAAUGACCCGGUCCGAUUAGAGAUUAAAAAGCAGUUGCUUCAAGUAAAGGAAGAUGGAUCACCUGAAGGGAGCGAACUACAUUUGUUUGCGACGCAUCUUCUGAUUCAUAAGAAGUAUAGAGAUGUUUUUGCAAACUUGGAGACAAAAGAAGGAAGAAUCGCUUGGCUUCGCAAUGCUUACGAGUUAGAAACUAAGAAGACCACUUAGCUGCUGGACGUCCGACAAGAGUGUCCAACAUGUUUACUAUUGUCGUUCGUUGUUUUUUCAUGAGUCAUGUCGUACAUGGUACUGGUCCGACAACUGAGGCUUAUUUGUUCAGUCUGUUAGUUCUGUCUGCUUAAUGAGUCCUGUCGUGUCUGUUUUCGUUAGUACCAUUUUCGCUUUGCAACAAUUUUCCAUAAAUUCGAGUUGACCAUGUAUCAGAAUAAUAUGAGUUGUAUGUUUGUGAACUAUGUGAAUGUGUGAACUUCAUAUGCCUGUAAAGUCUUGCACUAGUUGAGUAUGUAAACUGUGGUUGCAUAUGAAAUUGUGGCUCUUGGUU